UCCUGAUCAGAAAACUGAUUCACUGCUGAUUUACUGAGGAUGGCAAAGUUCGCCGUGCGUGUCUCCGUACUGCUGGUGUUGCUGCUGGUGGCACUGGAUGAAAGCAGUUCCAAUAAAUAUUGCUGCACACGGUACCAGCAAAACCCUGUCUCAGUAAAAAGGCUGAAAAGCUACACAGUCCAAGAUGACAACUGCAAACUCAAGGCAAUAAUUUUCAAGACUGUGAAAAACAGACAUAUCUGUGCCAAUCCUGAAGACGAGUGGGUGAAAAUUGCUAUUCAGUUACUGCCACGAAAACACUGAGGACAACAUUCACGGAGCUCACUUGAGUGCAUCAGUUUACAGACUAGUUCUGUAAAAGUUAAAUAGUAUUGUAUUUUAUAUUUUAUGUUGUUUUUUAUAUUGUUUAUACUUCAUUUGUAUAACAUGAUU